UCAAUAAUUCAACAAUAUUUUAUCUUUUUCACCACUCUUACGAAAAGACAAACAGGCUCAAACAUGAAUCAUGACACUCCCCCUCCUUCAUAACAGACCUUUCCAGAUCAGACCACAAACUCUCUCUCUCUCUGGGUGCAAGAUGCCGGAAAACGCUUUAAAAGAUGGGGACAAGGAACCUUCCUCUAAUUCUUCUAUGCAGAAGGUUGACCCUGGGAAACCUGCUCCUCUGACUUGGCAACGAAAAUUGAAUUACGACAGUAUCAUUCCUUCAGAGUUCACCUUAAAAUUUGGAGAAAAGUUGUACAUGGCUGCGUUCAUUUACCGGUUGUGGCAGCAUCUUAAAGAAGAAACUGCUAAAGGAGGGGCUAUAUUAAUUGAUCAGCAGCCGGUCACAUGUUAUCAUGGUAUUCCUCUAGGCGGUAUUGGUGCAGGAAGCAUUGGAAGAAGUUACAGAGGUGAGUUUCAACGCUAUCAACUAUUCCCUGGAGUAUGUGAACAUGCCCCAGUUCUAGCAAACCAAUUUUCAGUUUUCGCUUCGCGCCCAAACGGGGUCAAAUACUCCACUGUACUGUGCCCCAGGAGUUCAGAGGUGUCCAAAACAAGUACAGGUUCCGGCAUUGAAUCAUGGGAUUGGAACCUAGAUGGGGAGAGAUGUACAUAUCAUGCUUUGUAUCCAAGAUCUUGGACUGUAUAUGAUGUUCAAUCUGACCCCGAACUCAGCAUUGUUUGCCGUCAGAUAUCACCAUUUAUUCCCCACAAUUAUAAGGAGAGCAGCUUCCCUGUGGCAGUAUUUACUUUCGAGCUUUCUAAUUCAGGACAAUCUGCUGUAGAUGUCACCUUGCUUUUCACAUGGGCUAAUUCAGUAGGUGGGGUCUCUGAAUUUUCUGGCCAUCACUCCAAUUCAAAGAUGAUGAUGAAAGAUGGUGUGCACGGAGUACUUCUGCAUCACAAAACUGCAAACGGACGGCCUCCAGUGACUUUUGCAAUUGCUGCUGAGGAGACGCCUGAGGUUCAUGUCUCGACAUGUCCUUGCUUCUUGACAUCUGGAAAUUCUCAGGGAAUCACAGCAAAAGACAUGUGGCAUGAAAUUAAGAAGCAUGGGUCAUUUGACCACCUCAACUACGAAGAAGCUUCAAAGCCUUCAGAGCCAGGGUCAUCUAUUGGAGCUGCCAUAGCUGCUUCUCUUACUAUUCCUUCUGACACAGCCCGCACUGUUACGUUCUCAAUAGCAUGGGCGUGCCCGGAAGCAAGAUUUUCUAGUGGAAAGACUUACCACAGGCGGUACACAAGAUUCUAUGGCAUUCGUGGGGAUGCAGCAGCAACCAUUGCACGCGAUGCUAUCCUUGAGCAUGCCCAAUGGGAGUCCCAGAUUGAAGCUUGGCAGAAACCAAUAAUUGAAGACAAAAGGUUUCCUGAAUGGUACCCUAUCACUCUUUUCAAUGAGCUCUAUUAUCUUAAUGCAGGAGGAACAAUCUGGACAGAUGGAUUACCUCCAAUGCAGAGCCUUACAACUAUUAGAGAGAGAAAAUUUACUCUUCAUAACUCUGGACCAAAGAUUGACAAAACAAUUAAGACUGCCCUUCAAAACGACACUGCUGCUGAAAUUCUUGAGAGGAUGGCAUCGAUACUUGAACACACACACUCUCCAAUAACAUCAAACUCUGCUUUCGGAGCCUUUUUGGUUAAAGACGGAGAAGAGAAUAUCGGUCAGUUCCUUUACCUCGAAGGGAUUGAGUAUCACAUGUGGAACACUUAUGAUGUCCAUUUCUAUUCAUCUUUCGCGUUACUCAUGCUAUUCCCAAAACUUGAACUGAGUAUCCAAAGAGAUUUUGCAUUAGGAGUAUUGAUGCAUGAUCCAACUAAAAUGAAAAUUUUGAGCGACGGAAAGUGGGUCCCGCGGAAGGUUCUUGGCGCUGUUCCCCAUGAUAUCGGUCUAAAUGAUCCUUGGUUUGCAGUAAACGCGUACAACUUCUUUAAUACAGACAAAUGGAAGGACUUGAAUUCUAAGUUUGUCCUUCAAGUUUAUAGAGAUAUUGUUAUCACUGGUGACAAAAAUUUUGCACUAGCUGUUUGGCCCUCGGUGUAUAUUGCAAUGGCUUAUAUGGAUCAGUUUGAUAAGGAUGGUGAUGGGAUGAUUGAAAAUGAAGGAUUCCCCGAUCAAACAUAUGAUGCAUGGACUGUUACCGGUGUGAGUGCGUAUUGUGGUGGGCUCUGGGUUGCGGCUCUCCAAGCUGCUUCAGCGAUCGCACGUGAAGUUGGUGAUAAUUUAUCUGCUGACUACUUUUGGGCUAAGUUUCUGAAGGCAAAGGUUGUCUACAAUGACUUGUGGAAUGGUUCGUACUUCAAUUAUGACAAUAGUAGCAGUAAUUCAAGUUCGUCUAUUCAGGCUGAUCAAUUGGCCGGGCAUUGGUAUGCAAGAGCCAGUGGUCUUUUACCAAUUGCUGAUGAAGACAAAGCAAGGAGUGCACUUGAGAAAAUUUACAGGUUCAACGUGUUAAAGGUAAAGGGAGGGACACGUGGGGCGGUCAAUGGGAUGUUGCCAGAUGGAAGUGUUGACAUGUCAGCUAUGCAAUCGAGAGAGAUUUGGACUGGAGUUACUUAUUCUGUUGCUGCUGCUAUGAUUCAUGAGGACAUGACUGAAAUGGCUUUUCAGACUGCAUCUGGUGUCUAUGAAAUGGCUUGGUCCCAGAAAGGUCUUGGUUCACUUUGGAUGUAUAAUAUAUUACUGACUGGUAAUAUUGUACACUACAGUUUUGCUUUUCAAACUCCAGAAGGCUGGAAUACCGAAGAGGAAUACAGAGCUCUGGGUUAUAUGCGUCCGUUGGCUAUCUGGGCAAUGCAAUGGGCCUUGUCGAAGCCGAAACUCUCCAACCAACACCAGCUGGAGAUCAUGAAACUUGACAAGAUGAGCAAUAGCAACCAGCAUCACGAGCAUCCUGGAUUUGCAAGAGUUGCGCGUCUUCUAAAAUUGCCCGAAGAAGAUGAAGCCUCUAAAAGUAAAAGCAUUUUACAAUCAGUGUAUGAUUACACUUGUGGGAGAUUUUUGUCAACGUGACUUUGACUUCUAUACAUAUAAUAAGUUUCAGUUUAGUUGAACUCCUUCCUUGCUUUCAUAAGAUAAAUAAAACUUCUCAGUUGUAUUUCACAAAAUUCAUGUUUAAUGUAUUUGUCAGUUCCAUUUU